AUGUCAGAUGAAUUACGAAGUUUUGAUGAGCCACAGCAUCUUCCUAAGGAAUACUUCUUGCACAAGUUUCAGUGCUGGAGGGAGAGGCUGCUGCUUCUGCGGGGAUCACGGCCAGAUGAGUGUGUUCAGGCUGUCUGUAAAUGGAGACCCACUCGAUGUGCACUAAAGGCCACCGUCCAGUGCUGGGGAGGACUGGGCCAUGCUGCUGGGCUUUGCCGUGAUGGGCUUCUCAGUCCUAAUGUUCUUCUUGCUUGGAACAACCAUUCUACAGCCUUUUAUGCUCAGCACUCAGAGAGAAGAAUCGACCUGCACUGCCAUCCACACAGCUGUCACGGACGACUGGCUGGACUGUGCCUUCACCUGCGGUGUGCGCUGCCGUGGUCAGGGGCACCCGUGCCUUCAUGUGUUUGUGAACCUCACCCAUUCAGGGCAGAAAGUUCUCCUACGUUAUAUGAGGCUGUCCAGAUAAAUCCCAAGUGCUUUUACACACCUAAGUGCCAUCAAGAUAGAAAUGAUUUGCUCAGCAGUGCUCUGGACAUAAAGGCAUUCUUCGAUCACAAGAAUGGAACCGCCUUUUCAUGCUUCUACAGUCUGGGCAGCCAAGCCGAAGAUGUCAUUCUUAUAAAACAGUAUGACCAAAUGGCCAUCUUCCACUGCUUCUUGUGGCCUUCGCUGACCCUGCUAGCUGGUGCCCUGAUUGUUGGCAUGGUGAGAUUAACACAACACCUGUCCUCACUGUGUGAAAAAUAUAGCAAUGCAGUAAGAGGUGAGGUAGGUGGAAAAGUACCUUAUGCAGAACAGCAUCAGUUCAGACUGAAGUGUGAGGAGGAGCAGAGAAAUCUUCAGACAGUGGCCAAAUUAAAGUGCUGGCCUUCAGAUGUUCGUGAUUUCUGCAGCUGAGUCCCUAAUUACGCUUGCCUGCAAACUAACAAUGUAAAAGGUAAUAAUUAAAGUUAAGAUUCAUAUUUUCAUGUGGG